GAGAUGGCUGUCCGAGCACUGAAGCAGACGGGUAGCAGAAGCAUUGAAGCGGCUCUGGAGUAUAUCAGUAAGAUGAGCUACUUGGAUCCUAGAAAUGAACAGAUAGUACGUGUAAUUAAGCAGACCUCACCAGGAAAGGGUAUGGUGCCAAAUAAUGUAACCCGCAGGCCAAGCUUCGAAGGAUCAAACGAAUCUUUUCCGUCCUACCAUCAGAUCAGUAACGCAGCCUAUGAAGGGACAGGCUUUGGAGCAGAAGGUGCAAAUAUGCUUACUGAAGUUCCAAGGCCAUACAUGGACUAUUUAAUCUCUGCUUCGCAGUCUACAGCUAUGAAUGCUCCUGUACAGCGACCCUCUGGAGUAGGCACUCACAGCACACCAGCAAGCCAUCAGCAGAAAACGUACCCUGCAAAUAUCGAGUCUUCUGUGAUUAAUUACCCGGUGGCUAAUCACAGCAGUCAGGCGUUGCAGCUGCAGGCGCCCCACAGCUCCAACAGCCAACAUUACAGUCGGCAGCACAUGAUGGUGCAGGGGGAACCUAUGGGGUAUGGUGUUCAGCGGAGUCCAUCCUUCCAAAACAAGAUGCAGCAGGAGGGAGGAUACACCAAUCUCCCGAAUAAAGGGGCAGUUGUUCAGAAUAAUUCUGGUCAUGCUUUUCAGCAGGCACCGGCAAGCCUGUAUAUAUCACAUUCUCAUCACAAACAGACAAGCCCUUCUUCUCAUCAAAUGCAUGUGAUAUCCAGAGGUCCAGCCUUUGCUAAUGAUUUUUCAGACAGUCCACCACAAAAUCUAUUAACUCCAUCUAGAAAUAGCCUAAACAUGGACCUCUAUGACAUGAAUAAUCCACAAGUUCAGCAGUGGCAGGGAGCAACACCGUCACGCCGAGAUUCUUUACAAAACCCAGGAAUAGAAACAUCUCCACGGCAACAUGUAUCCUUCAGACCCGACGCCACAGUGCCGAGCAGAACGAACUCCUUCAACAACCACCAGCAACAGCCACAAGUGACAGUGUCUAUAAGGCAGGUUCCUCCAGGAAAACCUGAUCCUUCAAUUACGUCUCCAAAUACGAUCACAGCAGUCACAUCUGCUCAUAUUCUCCAGCCGGUGAAGAGCAUGCGAGUGAUGAGACCCGAGCCUCAGACUGCAGUGGGCCCUUCCCAUCCCGGCUGGUUACCUGCGCAGGCACCGGCUGUGGAUGGCUUGGAGAUCAUUGAGCAGCAUGUGUCACCGGUUGCAGCAGCUAAUGCUUACCAACUCGACGUGGAUUACGGUAACCAGGAACUGCGGUGUCCGCCACCACCGUAUCCCAAGCAUUUGUUACUUCCCGGUGGCUCCGAGCAGUUUGAUAUCAACUGCUUGUGCAUGGGCGUAGAGCAGACCCUCCGCGUAGUCCCCAGUUCAACGUGCAAUAAGGCUGAGGAGAACAGUGAGCGAAAUGAUAAAAGCAACAAGAACACUAAAGCUGAAAAACCAAGCAAGGAUAAAAAGCAGAUUCAGACGUCUCCGGUGCCUGUGCGAAAAAACGGCAAAGAUGAGGAAAAGCGAGAAUCCCGAAUAAAGAGCUACUCACCUUUUGCCUUCAAGUUCUACAUGGAGCAACAUGUAGAAAAUGUCAUAAAGACCUACCAGCAGAAGAUUAACAGAAGAUUACAAUUGGAGCAAGAAAUGGCUAAAGCUGGCCUGUGUGAAGCAGAACAGGAACAAAUGAGGAAAAUUCUCUACCAGAAGGAGUCCAACUACAACAGGCUGAAAAGGGCCAAAAUGGACAAGUCUAUGUUUGUGAAAAUCAAGACUCUGGGUAUUGGUGCGUUUGGAGAAGUAUGCCUGGCCUGCAAAGUGGAUACCCACGCCCUCUACGCCAUGAAGACUCUGCGGAAGAAAGAUGUGCUUAACCGGAACCAGGUGGCUCACGUCAAAGCGGAGAGGGACAUACUUGCUGAGGCUGACAAUGAGUGGGUGGUUAAACUCUAUUAUUCCUUCCAAGAUAAAGAGAACUUGUACUUUGUGAUGGACUACAUCCCAGGUGGGGAUAUGAUGAGCCUACUGAUUCGGAUGGAGGUCUUUCCAGAGCGCCUGGCGAGAUUUUAUAUUGCGGAGCUCACUUUGGCUAUAGAGAGUGUGCACAAAAUGGGCUUUAUUCAUCGAGACAUCAAGCCUGACAACAUUCUGAUAGACCUUGACGGGCAUAUCAAACUGACUGACUUUGGACUGUGUACUGGAUUCAGGUGGACUCACAAUUCAAAAUACUAUCAGAAAGGGAGCCAUAUCAGACAAGACAGCAUGGAGCCCAGUGAUCUUUGGGACGAUGUGUCCAAUUGUAGAUGUGGAGAUAGGCUGAAGACAUUGGAACAAAGAGCUAAGAAGCAGCAUCAGAGAUGUCUAGCGCACUCGUUAGUUGGAACCCCUAAUUAUAUCGCUCCUGAAGUCCUGCUUCGUAAAGGAUACACUCAGCUCUGCGACUGGUGGAGCGUUGGGGUGAUCCUCUUCGAGAUGUUGGUGGGACAGCCUCCAUUUCUGGCUCCUACACCCACAGAAACCCAACUGAAGGUGAUCAAUUGGGAAAGCACGCUGCACAUCCCCGCGCAGAUCAAGCUAAGCCCUGAGGCGACUGAUCUCAUCACGAAGCUCUGCUGUGCCGCUGAGGACAGGCUUGGAAGAAACGGGGCAGAUGAUAUUAAGGCCCAUUCUUUCUUCCACUCCAUGGACUUCUCUACCGACAUCCGUCGGCAGCCAGCUCCCUAUGUUCCAAAGAUCAGCCAUCCCAUGGACACUUCAAAUUUUGAUCCAGUUGAAGAGGAAGGUCCUUGGAACGAUGCUAGCGGUGACAGCACCAGGACAUGGGAUCCACUGGCCUCUUCCAAUAGCAAACACACAGAACAUGCUUUUUAUGAGUUUACUUUCCGAAGGUUCUUCGAUGACAACGGGUAUCCGUUCAGGUAUCCCAAGCCUUCUGGAAUGGAAGUUGGCCAGCCUGAGAAAUCUGAUGUAGAAGACAAAGGUGUGGUGGAUCAGACCGGAGCUUGUCAGCCUGUAUAUGUGUAA